AUGGCUGGCGUUGCCGCGCCCUUCAAACAACAAAAACUGCACCUGGCGGGGCCCGCCUCUGCACAUUCUUCGGCGGGCGCGGCUGCGUGCAAGCUGAGGAUCAUCCACGUGAACGACGUGUAUCAGCUGAAGAAUUUUCCAAAGCUAAGCACACUCAUCAAGGAGCAGAGCGAGGGCUUGCCAAAGGGAAACGUCAUUGUCACGCUCGCGGGCGACUUCAUCGCACCGUCGCUGCUGUCGGCGCUUGACCACGGCGCGGGCAUGAUCGAGCUGAUGAACAGCGUGGGUGUAACGCACGUGUGCUUUGGCAACCACGAAUCCGACGUGCCCUACGAAAGCCUCAAGCAGCGAAUCGGCGAGUUCAAAGGGAAGUGGAUCAACUCGAACAUGCCGGAGUUUGAUCCGAAGCUGCCCGAGUUCGACGUCCUCAGCCUGACGGACGAGGCGGGCGUGGCCGACGCGCGGGAGGUGGGGCUACUCGGGCUGCUCAUUGGCGGCGUUGACCGCGGCCACAACUUUGGCGCCAACUAUCGCGAGGGCGCGCUCGGCGGCGGCGCGGCGAGCAUCGUCGCGGUGAUGCAGGCCCACGCGGAGGCGGCGGCGAAGCUGCGCGCGGCCCACCCCAAUAUCGACUGCGUGAUCCCGCUAACGCACCAGGACCAGAAGGAGGACGAGGAGCUUGCCGCGACGGGCGAAUACGCCCUCGUGCUCGCCGGCCACGACCAUGAUCACACGAUCACAACGCACGGACCAAAGCAGACGGCUGUCGUCAAAGCGGGGCAGGACGCACACAACGCAGUCGUGUGCGACGUCACGUGGGCUGCGGGUGCGGCGCGCGGAGCGCGGCCCGAGGUGACGACGACGACGCUCAAGGUGAAGUCGUACGAGAAGGACGCCAAGAUCGCCGCCGCCGUGACUCGCGCGGAAGCGCCUAUGCGAGAGCUCGAGAGCGCCACGCUCGCGCUGCUGCCCAAGGUAUGCAUCGGCCUGCCGGACGUUGGGGCAGUAAUACCUUCGUCCAAGGGCGCGCGGUACGGCCCGUGCUCGAUGGCGUGCUACCUGGCGGAAUGCAUGCGCGUGUGCGUCUCCGCAGACGUGGCCCUCUUGAACUCGGGCGCCGUGCGCGCCGACACCCAGUAUGACUCCGUCUUCACGUACGCCGACCUACAGAAGGAGUGCCCCUUCCCUUCGGAGUGCAUCGUCGUCUCAAUGCCUGGCAGCGUGCUCGUCGAGGCGGUGCGCGAGUCGCGCAAGGGAUGGCUCUCGAAAGGCGGUCCCACCGAGGAGUCGGGCGCGCUCCAGGUCGACCUCGGCUGCAAGUGCGACGAGAAGCACACGAUGUACCAGGCGGCGAAGGCGCCGAUCAACGCGUCUCGCGUGUACUCUGUGCUGGUCGACACGUACGACCUCGCCAAGGACCCCGUACUAUCCAGCUACGCGAAGGCCAACCCCGACAAGAUCCCGCCGGCCGAUGCCGGACGGCCGGCGAUGACGGUGCUCGUCGAGUACUUUUGCCGCGAGAUGUGGCGCAUGAUGGGCGACGCAGACGACGACGGCGAGAUCACCGACGCCGAGAUCGACGCGCUCUUUGACGAGUGCGACGCGGACAACUCGGGGGCCAUCGAUGCGGCCGAGCUCACCGCCGAGCUUGCCAAGAAGGUGGGCGACGGCGCGUCGCGCCUCGUGGCAAAGCAGAUGAUAGCGCUCGUCGACAAGGACGAGAGCGGCACCAUCGACCGGGCUGAGCUCAGUGCUGCGAUGAAGAAGCUUGCCGCGGGCAUGAAGUGGUGA